AGCGCAGCCGGAGAGCGAGACAGAGCCGCGGGGCCUGAGCCUGAGGAGACAUGAACCUGGAGCUGCUCGAGUCCUUUGGACAGAAUUAUCCAGAGGAGGCAGAUGGCACACUGGACUGCAUCAGCAUGGCCCUCACCUGCACCUUUAACAGGUGGGGCACUCUGCUGGCUGUGGGCUGCAACGAUGGGAGGAUUGUCAUCUGGGACUUCCUGACGAGAGGCAUCGCGAAAAUCAUCAGCGCACACAUCCAUCCCGUCUGCUCCUUGUGCUGGAGUCGAGAUGGACAUAAACUGGUCAGCGCUUCGACGGAUAACAUAGUAUCCCUGUGGGAUGUGCUUUCCGGGGACUGUGACCAGAGAUUCCGUUUCCCCUCGCCAGUCCUGAAAGUCCAGUUCCAUCCCAGAGAUCAGAACAGGGUCCUGGUUUGCCCCAUGAAGUGUGCACCGGUCUUGCUGACCCUCUCGGACUCCAAACACGUGGUGCUACCGGUGGACGACGAUUCGGACCUCAACGUAGUGGCGUCUUUCGACCGACGAGGGGAGUACAUUUACACCGGAAACGCCAAGGGCAAGAUCCUGGUUCUAAAGACGGACGUGCAAGAGUUGGUGGCUUCCUUCCGCGUCACGACCGGCACCAGCAACACAACGGCUAUUAAAUCCAUCGAAUUCGCACGAAAAGGAAGCUGUUUCUUAAUAAACACAGCGGACAGAAUCAUUCGCGUCUACGACGGCCGGGAGAUCCUGACGUGCGGGCGGGACGGCGAGCCGGAGCCCAUGCAGAAACUACAGGACCUGGUGAACAGGACCCCCUGGAAGAAAUGCUGCUUCUCCGGUGAUGGGGAGUAUAUCUGCGCGGGUUCCGCCCGGCAGCACGCGCUGUACAUCUGGGAGAAGAGCAUCGGGAACCUGGUGAAGAUCCUGCACGGCACCCGGGGAGAGCUGCUGCUCGACGUGGCCUGGCACCCAGUGCGACCGAUCAUAGCCUCCAUAUCCAGUGGGGUCGUGUCCAUUUGGGCUCAGAAUCAAGUGGAAAACUGGAGCGCUUUCGCUCCGGACUUCAAAGAGCUGGACGAGAACGUGGAGUACGAAGAGAGAGAGUCUGAAUUUGACAUCGAAGACGAAGAUAAGAGUGAACCAGAGCAGACGGGUGCAGACGCAGCUGAGGACGAGGAGGUUGACGUCACGUCGGUGGACCCCAUCGCUGCUUUCUGCAGCAGCGAUGAAGAGUUUGAGGAUUGCAAGGCUCUGCUGUACCUUCCAAUAUCUCCAGAGGUGGAAGAUCCCGAAGAAAACCCUUACGGACCCCCUCCUGAACCCGUGCAGACCCCAGUAACAGACGAUACGAGUAACCCAGACAAGAAGCGCCAGACGUCCUUUGACGGAACUCAGCCCCCAAAGAAGAAACCCAAGAUGACCAACAUCGAGCUGCAAGGAGUCCCGUCAGAUGAAGUUCACCCGCUGCUCGGCGUGAAGGGUGACGGCAAGUCCAAGAAAAAGCAAGCGGGACGGCCGAAAGGAACGAAAGGUAAAGAGAAAGAUUUCAUUAAGUCCAAAGGCUUCAAAGGGGACAGAGGUAAAGCUUUGGAAGGAGCAGUGAAGGGCAGAGAGCAGGCAGACAUGGCAGAGCCACCCGCAGGAGGAACUGUCAUUUCCGACCUGUGAGCUCGAGCGAAGGUGAUUAUUGUCCACACCUUAAGCUGACGCGCUGCCCUCCAGCUUAGCGAGCGUGUUAACAGCACCGAGCCAGCCGGAACUUGGUAUCUUAGUCAGUUUGAGGACAGAAGCACAUAAGGGGACCAUUGCAAAGCGUGGAACUGCUGUCCUCUUUAACCCGCCCGCACAACAGUGCCAGUGAAACCCAGUCGAUUUUUGAUGGAAACAUUGGUCGAUGAGGAGGAUCUGAUGUACAAUUUACCAAGAACUUUAUUACGCUGAACCUUAAUCUCUCAAAGAGUGGUUAGUGAUUUUCGUGCCUGCAGAGCCGGGGGCAGAGGGGGUCAACAGCUGAACAAACAGCACAGGAUCCAGCGUCACCCCCAACAAUGACUUGACCCAGAGAUGCUCACUGGACAAAGCACUGGAGGUGCAUCCGUACCAGGCCUGUAUCUGCCUGCGGUGCUAGACUCCAGGGUGUGGUAUCCAUUGGCCACACAGUACGGAGGCUCUUAACAUCUCAGGCUACCGAAAGCUGUUUGUGGUCACUCCACAUACAAGUCCACACACACAAACCUUUGCCGUCUGUUUGUACAAGAACAGGUUCUAUACCUUUGUAGCAUUAGUUUGUUGACAAUUCGCCAGCUAAUUAAGUGAAAAGACAAUUGACGUCCUAGACUUUUUUUAAUCCCUCUCUCGCUCUCUCUCUCUCUCUCUCGCUGUCCUCCGAACUUGUACGUUGUUGAGUUGAUGUUGUUUUCAUUUAAAAGCAAUCGUUCCUGGAAUCGGAAGCGCAGAUUGCUGGUGAGUUUUUCCUCUGUGCGCGCGGGUGUGCGGGUGUGUGUGAGCGCGCGUAUAUAGCCGUGUCCUUUUCCCUCCGUUCCUUCCAUUUCAUCCCCAAUCUCUUCAAUGCCUGUACAGCCUCUUCUGGGCAAGAUGGUGGAUGUGCUGUUAUCUCAGUCCAGUCUUCUACAAACUGGAUGUGUUUGCAGUCGCUGACCCUUUGCGAUCCUCCCCUCCCCAAGAGCUGUCAGAACCACACAUCUCCGUAAUACAGAGAGGCUGACGCCCUCUCCCAGCGCUGGCAUUGCUCACCUUGCAGUGGGUUUUGAAAUCUCACCCAAGAUGUAGUUAUAAGAAGGACCCGCCUGACUACGAAACCACAGCAUAAUGUGCCAAAUACAUGCUGCCUGUGACAAGGGGGUCACACUUGCUCAAGCCAUAUACUGAUCCUCGCGUGAAGGGAGAUGGGGUCGAGAGAUGGAUUACACCUGGUCGCCCUCAUACACAUGACUUAAAAAUACAAAGGUUUCUCACCAGCAGCUGUGUAUGCCCGAUGGGGGUGCGGGUAGGUUGGUACCUAAAUCUCCCGGGUCAGACCGGAUCUAGUCCAGUACUGUUUUCUCUUAUGCCCGAGUGACGUAAAGUUGUAUUUGUGUGGUGUCAGCAGCCUUGAGUACCAGUGAUAAACCUUAAAGCAAAGGAAAGACCUGUGUUGUUAUAGCACCUCAUCAUGUCUCCCGAGUGUCUCAUAAAUACUGUAAUUACUGUCGA